GUCUGUUGUCUGAGGCUGUGAAAUAACCAGAGUCGAUAUCCGACUAGAUCCUAUUGCGUUCUCUCCAAACUGCCCCUCGCCACUCCCAUCAGUGUAGGUGAUAGAGUGUCUCCCAGAGCCGCUGGUUAUGGACUGUCCAUCUCUGAACCACUGGAGAUCUUCAUCAGGUCUCAGGUACAGGGACAUCUCACAGCUCAGGGACACUCCAGUUGCAUUGUCAAAU